AUGGCUGAAAACGCGCAGCUCCCACCAUACAGCGAGACCCGUUUUGACCAUCGCGUUGCUGAUGGAUUUCCUAUCAGCAAUCCGACGGUAGAUCUGUCGAUCAGUUGGGAUGCGGCAGACAAAAAUCUCCUGAUAGUUCGACCUAAAGACCAAGUCGUAUCCAAAAUCCACCAGUUCGCGAAGCCUGGCGAGUCGGCACCGGAGCCCCAAGCCGUUAGAUGGAAGCCUGACGGUCAGUUCCUGGCCGUGGGCUGGAGCGAUGGAUUUGUGAGGCUCAUGGGACUGGAGAACAACAAGGCAGCGCAUCAUAUUCGCGUCGGCGGGGAAUCGGCAGCUGCCUCAGAGAUCACUCACAUCGGUUGGGCCCGCAACGUGAUCGGGAAGUCUCAGAAUCAGCACCAACAAACCAAGUCACAGCCAUGGAAGAAGCUCAUGUCGGAGGAGCUGGGCCUUCCAGGGAAGCAGGGUCCCUUGGACCUACCUCGGGAACUCACAUUCUUGGAGGUCGAUUCUGCUCUGCCCAAGAUCAGUCCUUUGCCUACCACUAGUGCUGGCUCCGGAGAAGACGGCUUGGUCUUUACCCUGCGGACAGGCGUCGAGUUUCUGUUCCAACCCUUCAACGCUGAGGAUAGUGAUCAGAUCUUCGUGAUGGUCGUGGGCACAAGCGACGGCCGGUUACACCUCAGUAUCUACGACUCCUUUGUUAUUGGCGACUUUCGAUACACUCUCCCUAGCUCCAUGUACAAACCCGGUGUAUUGCAGCUCGUCCAACAUGCUUCGCACCCACAGGUCUCUACGCACUCGCUGCUUCUCAGGUCCUCUACCGAUGACCAGGCCGUGUAUUUGGUACCCAUGGACUUGCCUUUUAUACCUUCCUCCCCUAUCAACAUCUCUCUUUUGGCAUCCAAGCUCACCACACUGCAAAAGCUGCUGCGGUAUGUUAAACAGGCGCAGCUCCAUAUGCAAGUGGAGUACAAGAACACCAGAGAGCUCCCCAACAGAUUUCUCCGCAGUGUCGAAGGUGAUCUGGAACAAGCGACACGUGGACCUACAAACAUCGUUCAAGCACUGUUCCAUACCGUUGCCACUGGUCAUGCACACGAGCCUGUUCGGGAGUGGCUCGUUGACAACUUGGCUGAGCGCGGCCACAAACGCUGGGACAAGGCUGUAACUUCAGGCCUCGAGAACCUUCGUUGCUUGGUUCACGAGAAUCUUCUGCCGGCAUUGGAAAGAUGCGCAAUAAUACUCAGCCGACUCCGGGGACUGGCCCAGUUCUACGACUCCCGCGACGACAUCGGUUUCUCGGUCGCCCAAAUCACGCGCGCUAUGGAUGUAGUCUCCUGCCUCACGAUGGUGGGUCACAAGGUUCUGCUCAACGUGAUGGAUGAACUCGAUCUGUUCAACGCUUUCUCGUCAUGGAUGCGUUUCCAGAUUGACCGCCUCGCGGCAUCAACCUCGGCCGGCGACGAGUUAACUGAGAAGGAGGCAACGAUGGAAAACAGCAAGGUCCUCGCCUACAUUCAACGUUACUUGAUGCAAAGUCCCAUGGACGUCUUCUUGGGCGAAGUGACCCAGGAAGACUACUCCAGCAACUGGGAGCACGCGGAGAGCGGAGCAUCGAUGCUUGAGGAGCUUACCACACAGCUGACCCGUCAGGAGGAGGGACAUGCCUACUUGAAGGCGUUCCCAGACGUGGGCUUUCUCGUGGAUUGUCUGAAUUCUCGCGUGGAUGGAAUAUUCAAGGACAUUGCUGAAGCACAGAAGAGGAGUGUUCGUUUUGGACAACCGACUAAGUUUGUGCUCGGUGCCCAGAUAUCCAAGAUGGAUUCCACGAUGUGUCCGGACGGGAUCGACGGGCUGGCCUUCACUGCGGUUACUGCAAGAGGUCGCGAACAAGAAUUUUACAUAUUCCGCACAUCCAUCCGCCUUAUCAAUGGAAUCAGCAGCAAUGUCACCACAGCCGUAGCCGCUUUAUCCAUCGGCAAGGGCAGAAUUCUCGAGUUGAAGUUUCUGAACAGCGACACUCUCGUCGUACUCUCGAGCGCACAAGGUCAACCAUCCAGCAUUUCCACCAUUCCCAUUCCAUCCCAGGCCCUCAACUACACCCUCUACGAAGAGGAAAACCUUCCCGACCCCGUGCCACUCUCUGAACAACUCCAGGGAAAAUGCCUUACCCUUCCCGAGGAUUCUUCCUUCGUCCCCGUCCAGAUGGACGUUCAGGACGCCACAUCAGCACGCGGCGAAAUCCCCGCGCGCGUCUGCUUACUGGGCUCCGAUAGAUUCACCUAUAAGGUCUUCGGCCUCGACCCAAAGCCUAGCACCACAGUGACCCAGCCGGAGACGCCCCGACGGAGCGGUUAG